AUGGUUGUUACUGGUUUUGUGUUUGUGCUGCUUUUGGUAAAUGGCCUAUCGUCAGCCGAGAAAGAUACUAACGUGUUGCCUUCGGAUAAUGGCGGUGCCUCCUUAAACGCUGGUGACAAAGAAAAUAAGGUCGUGUUUGAGCCUCCAAUCAUUCCUGACGAUGCUUUGUUGUCGAUGUACUUCACUGCACCUGAAGAUAUCAAAAAGUACAAAUUGCUUAUAAGGUUGGUUCUUUCCUCAGCCACAAAGGACGGUGUUGAUCCUGAUCUUUCAAAAUAUGAUGGAAAGUGGUCUAUCGAGGUGCCAAAACUGAGCUCUGUUGAGAACGACUAUGCCCUCAUUUUGAAGUCGGAAGGCAAGCACCACGCUAUUUCAAUGGAUCUUGGUCAUGACUUCAAAUUUGAUAAGAAUGAGUUCGUCGUCCAGUAUGAAGUUAGGUUUAUGGAUGGCCAGACUUGUGGUGGCGCAUACAUAAAAUUGUUAUCAGCAUCUCCCGAUCUCAACUUGAAUAAAUUUAAUGAUAAAACGCCCUACACUAUAAUGUUUGGCCCCGACAAGUGUGGAAUGCACACAAAGCUGCACUUUAUAUUCCGGCACAAAAACCCCAAAACAGGCGAGAUUCAGGAAAAGCAUAUGAACCCCCCAGUUGCAUCCUUGGAGUCAAUUUUCACAGACAAGAAAACACAUCUAUUUACUUUGGUAAUCCGCUCUGAUAACUCCUUCGAGGUUUACGUUGAUCAGGCAGUGGUGAAAUCUGGAAGUUUACUCUCUGAAUUCGUUCCCCCUGUCAAUCCUCCCGCCGAGAUCGACGAUCCUAAUGACAAGAAACCAGAAUCCUGGGACGAGCGUGAGAAAAUACCAGACCCUGAUGCGAAGAAACCGGAUGACUGGGAUGAGUCUGCGCCCCAGUUCAUUGUGGACGCGGACGCAGUCAUGCCCGACGGUUGGCUUCUGGACACACCAAAACUUAUUCCUGACCCUAACGCUGAAAAGCCUGUCGAUUGGAAUACGGAAACUGAUGGUGAUUGGGAGCCUCCGAUGGUUGAUAACCCUGCUUGCGAAUCAGCUCCUGGUUGUGGACCGUGGGAGAAGCCGUCUAAGCUGAAUCCCAAUUUCAAGGGUAAAUGGACUCCUCCAAUGAUCCCUAAUCCAAUGUACAAUGGAAUUUGGAAGCCCAAAAAAAUCGCCAACCCCGAUUAUUUUGAGGACACGAAGCCUUUCCGAAUGAUUCCCAUUCGCGCACUUGGUUUGGAGCUCUGGUCUAUGACAGCUGAGAUCUCUUUCGACAACUUCUACGUAGGAACUUCAAAGAAGGGUGCCGAUGAUUUCGCUGCAUUGACUUGGGCUAUUAAGCAGAAAGCCGAAAAGGAUUCGGGUAUUGGUGGAAAGAGUGUUCUAGACGCUAUCCGGGAAAUGUCUUCCGAAAAUCCAUGGUAUGUGGUACUGGGUGUUACCGCAAGCGUACUUCCAUUGGCUUUGGUCAUCUAUUUUUGUUGUCGUACGCCCGCUUCCGUUGAUGCUGCUCGCCACAAGAAAACCGACGAACCCGUUCCUGAUAGCAAAAGCGACGAUUCCGAUGCUGCUGUCUCUAGUCACAAGGAAACUGAGGCAGAAAACAGCGAAAGUGAUGACAGUAAAGAAGUGGAGGAGGUAGGACGCGCCGAUGAAGAUGAAGGAAAGGAGGAUGAGGAGAGAGAAGAAAAUGGUGAUGAUGAUGAGGAGGAGGAUAAAGAGGAAGAAAAAGAAAUGGGAGAAGAGCCUUGCCUCCAUUCUUAA